CGCGCACACACGCAUACACUCACACGCGCAGUCAAGCACUUCGCCGUUUCAGUGGUGUAGCAGGUUUGUUGGAGUAUUGGGCAAAAUGCGCAUAAUGAUUUUGCGGCAUGAGAACGCUAGAUUGCAGUUAAUACAUUCCUUCUCCUUAGAUUUCAAAGGUUGUAAAUGAAAGCACAAAAAAGAAAACAGGAAUCUUGAGUGCAUUUUGCAUGAGUGCUCUGAAAGCAAUCUAAAUCAGAGGAACCUUCUGCAAAUAUUAACGAUUAAAAAAUCCAGAUUCUCUAACACACACCAGAAGGAGAGAGGGGGCACGGCCGAAGUCUUGUAUUCUGUGUGCAUUACUGUUCCACUUAGCAACUGGAAGCAGCACAUUCUGUACAGGCUGGGUAUCACAUACACAAAGUCACCUCUACCUCUGAAAGCUAGUGGACCACUACUUUCUCCAUUCCAGUUGUCAUAACUGAAGAUUUUAUGAGUCACAAGUAAUGGUGAAGCAGUCAGUCUUCUAUAAAAGUGAGGCAUAAACUUUACACCUGGGGACAUUUUAAAACAUUUUGGAACCUAUCUGUACCGUUUGUCAGAGAGGAUCAUAUGCAUGUGACAUCUUGAAAGAAGCUUUUGUUAAGAAAGAUAUCCAUCGUCAAUAUGAGCCCUUCCAUCCUUUGUCUUCUUCUUCUACCACAGGUGACAGCAAUGCACUCAGACUGUGUCAUCAAAAAGGAACAAGAAGUAUGCCUGGAGAAAAUCAAGAAGGAAAACCUGAGUCAUGAUCCUGAGUUAGGGUGUCCUGGAAUGUGGGAUAACAUCACAUGCUGGCAGCCUGCAGCCAUUGGCGAGACCAUCUCUGUCCACUGUCCAGUGCUGUUUAGAAUUAUAAACAGUGAAGAUGAUUUAGGGCUUAUUAGCAGAAACUGUACUGAAGAUGGAUGGUCAGACGUAUUCCCUCAAUAUGACAUUGCCUGUGGAUUUGAUGAAAAUGAAACCUUUGCAAAUAAUCAGGAUUACUACUAUUUGUCUGUGAAGGCACUGUACACUGUUGGAUACAGCACCUCACUUAUUUCCCUUACAACAGCUAUAGUGAUACUCUGUCGUUUCAGGAAGCUGCACUGCACAAGAAACUUUAUCCAUAUGAAUCUGUUUGUCUCCUUUAUUUUAAGAGCAAUAUCUGUUUUUAUCAAAGAUGGAAUUCUUUAUGCUGAAGAAGAUAGCAAUCACUGUGUUAUGGCUACGGUGGAAUGCAAAGCUGUGAUGGUAUUCUUCCAUUACUGUGUCAUGUCCAACUAUUUUUGGCUUUUUAUAGAGGGAUUGUACCUCUUUACAUUGUUAGUGGAAACAUUCUUCCCCGAGCGACGAUACUUCUACUGGUACACCAUCAUAGGCUGGGGUACCCCUACUGUGUGUGUGACAAUCUGGGCUGUACUGCGAUUACACUUUGAUGACACUGGUUGUUGGGACAUGAAUGAUAAUACCGCUUUGUGGUGGGUAAUAAAAGGACCUGUCGUUGGAUCAAUCAUGAUCAACUUUAUUCUCUUUAUUGGAAUUAUAAUAAUCCUUGUGCAGAAAUUGCAGUCACCUGAUAUUGGGGGCAAUGAAUCCAGCAUAUAUUUCGUCUUACUGGAAAGAAGAGAGACACCAGGGAUAUACUAUAGCAGCUGCGUUCAGAAAUGCUACUGUAUGCCUGAGAUGGCUAAUCCACAUUCUUGCAAGAUGUCAGAACUGUCCAUCAUAACCCUGAGGUUGGCCCGCUCAACUUUGCUUCUGAUUCCACUUUUUGGAAUUCACUACACAGUGUUUGCCUUUUCUCCUGAAGAUGUCAGUAAAAGAGAGAGGCUUGUUUUUGAACUUGGACUGGGCUCUUUUCAGGGGUUUGUGGUUGCUGUCCUGUACUGCUUCUUGAAUGGUGAGUUUCUCCCUAAAGGUACAGUCAGAAAUAAAGAGGAAAUGGCGGAGCUGGAAAGUCAACCGGUACUUUGCUGUGGAUUUCAAACACCGCCAUCCAUCACUUGCGAGCAGCGGAGUGAACGGGGGGACGCAAUUAUCCAUUCUGAGCAAGAGCAGCUCUCAGAUUCGGAUGUCGAGCAUAAAUGCGGAGAACCUGGCAACAUGAACUGCUGAGUCACAUCUCCGUUUCUUAUAUCCAUUGUUCAUCCCUCAAUGAAAUGCAUUUGAAAGCACAUGACACUGAACUUACAGUGUUCUAGAUCUAGGGACAACGACUGAGUCAUACUGUAAAUAUAUUACAUGGGAGCAGAUGCAUUUCAUUUAGCAAACCGACAUCAGCAUCAGUUCACUUUCUGACAUUCCAUUUGUCUAGCUGCAUGUCACGUUACUGAUAAAUGCAGCAGCAUUUUAAAUCAAUUUUCAUGUAACUGAACCUAACAACAUUUUCAUGUGAUGCUCAUUGUAGCCUGCAUAAAUGGAUAUAAUGAUUGGAGUUGUAAAAAUGGAAUGCUUAUGCAGUAUUUCUUCAGUGAAUCAUUUUCUAAUGGGUUGGUUAUGCUAGAGCUCUUAGUGGUGUCAUCUGUUGUCAUGUGAAAGCCAGAAGAAAUAUAUGGUGUAAGCAGGUGAAUACAGAGAGAGGGAGAGAGAGAGAGAGAGAAAGGGAGAGAGAGAGAGAGAGAGAGAGAUCUAUAGGCCAAGUUAUAUUCUUAGAAAAAGUUGCAUAAAUGAGAAUUUAAACAUAAAUUGAGAUCCAUGUUUCCAUCAUGACAAGUCUAAUUAAAACAAAUAUCGCAUUACUUAUUGUGAAAAAGUGCAUUUUUGCAUCCAGUUAUGAACACAGUUAAAUAUGUAUGCAACCAUACAUAUCUGUUAGCCAUGUGAGGAAAAGUAUUUGCUGUUUUAGUAACUGAAUGAGGGAUAUGGAUGAUUUUAAAUCAUGACCAAUUCAUCUGACAUUUUAAUCAUCAACAUAUUCAUUACCUUCACACUGAGCAUCAGCAUCUGAAUUUUCUGGAAUCUCAGAAAGAUCUUACCUUAUAAGCUAAGAAGUAGACUAUACAGGAAAAAGUGAAUCAUGAGGAUUUUUUGAUAAUACUGUCCUUAAAAGGUAUGUAUUUGUAAACAAUGGGCUCUCUGGAAAUAAUAGUUUCCAUGCUGAGAUCCACUUUUAGUGGUGUUAUGUUUGUAAUGAGUGGUUAUCUUUUCUUGAAAACACUUGCUUUUUGUAAAAUAUAGAUGUUCAAGGUAAUGAUCCAAGAAAAUAGACUGUCAGCAGUGUGAUCUGUAUUACAUAAAUUUUAGAUAUCAAUGAAUGGAAAGUGAAUAAAUACGUUAAAAAAACAUUGCUUUUAAAGAAGUGUUAAACAGUCACACUCUUCAAGAAAAGAAAAGGUGAGUAACCUUUAAGGUUUGUAUAUUAGAAUCAUUUUUGUAGGCAUUUGUUUUACUGUGUUUCGUCAGUUCUCCUUUGUUUUCAGAGUUAAAGUGACAAUUAUCUUUUUCUAAACCUGUUAUUAUGUCUGGACUGAUAUUCUUCUCAAAACUAUUUAAAUACACACAGAAGGAAAGAUUUUUUUUUUCAGCAAAGCCAUCGAAAAACAUUAUCAACAAUCAUUAAAUAAUUGGAGAAGACAGUACUUGAAUCCCUGUCAAAUACUGGGUAAGACAACAUUCUCAAAAGUCAAAGACUUCCCUUGCUUUAUGUUACAGAGAAACCAGUUUUCAUGUACUGUCAGACACAUAAGAAUUAUACUGGAGUAAAUAGAUGAAGAAUAUACAUUAUAACUUUUGUAAAUACUGAUGCGGUAUUACUUAUUGCGUGUUUUGAAAUGCGUCACUGAGUUAUGUCUUACAUGUCAUGUAACUAUAUUGUGUUCUAUAUGUGUUAUAGGCAUUUAAGAGUUAUAAUUUUAAUCCUGAGACUUUUUUUGUUUCCAUGAUUGUAAUUUAAUGAUGAUACCAUAGCUGUUGUUCACUGAUUGUAAAAUGAAACAUUACCUAACAGUAGAUAUGUUUGAUUUGGUGACAUUUACAAUCUAGAUUUGCAGCUGCAAUGAUUAAACAAUUCUUUGUUUUGGGGGACUUGCAUCUAUGUAAUCUUUUAUAAUGUACAGAUUUGUGUCACUUAAAAUUAUUUCUUUUGGUUCGACAUUCAAAUGCAUAUAACUGAACAGCUAACAAAAUACAUUUUUAAAUCUAGAGUCCCCCUUAUAAUGACCUAUGCUGAGUAGAAUAAAAUUAGCUAACAUAAUUAAACUAAAUCAUGUCACAGGGCUUAUAUGUCACACCUCAGCAUCUCUCUCAACAGCCAUGUCUAGUUAAUUUUAACAGUUAUUUAAAAUACAUCUGCUGGGAUAGUAUGACCUUUUUGAUGUAAUCAGUUUCAAUGUAUUCACAUUGCACAUAAAUCAUUUUCUGAAGUUGUUGUCUUCAAAUCUUGAUAUCAUAGGCAUUCAUACCCAUGAGUGCCAAGGAAAGAAGAUGUAAUGUAUUAUUAUAAACUGGAUUUCAUAGUUUCAUGUUUGUGUUUGAGAUGUUGAAAACCACUGUGAGUAUUGUGUUCAUUGAGAAACAGCAUUUUUUUUAAUAAAAUAUGCUCAUAAACUGAACUAUUUGUUAUAUACCAUAUAGAAAUUAUGAUGUGAAGUUUUUCAAUGUAAUACUGUUUCUAUUAAAAUUGUUGGAUAUAUCA